GCGGGGGGGGGUUUAAAGGGACCAUGUCCCCGGCGCUGCUGCUGCUGCUGCGGAGGCCGGAGCCGGGGAGGAGGCGGCGGCGGCUGCACCGGGGCCGCUGAGGAGCCCUGCGGGCCCGGCCCCCUUGGGCGCCCGGGAGGCGGGGACGGCGCGUGACCGGAUUUUCUGGCUACAGCUGCCUGUGAAUCCUAUGAAGUCCUGAUGUUUGUUUUUUCCUAAGUGACACAACAGAAUCUGCGAGGAAUGGAGAAAGCUGUCUCUUCUUCAUCAGAGCAGCAAAGCGCGCAUUGGUGUGAUGGAGGCAAAACUGUGUUAAUGACACUGGAACCAAACAAAGAAGAUUUUUCUGCCCUUGAGUGCCCCCAAGGUGAACAGAGAAUAGCUACUUUUGUUAAAGAUGCAAAAAUGCCUCUGGAGAGUGCAGCUUUAUCAGGGACAUCAGUGGAAGGGGGGACUGAUCUCAAGGAGACUGCCUUCUAUGUUUCCGACAACGUGGCAGCCAUGAACAGAGAUAAGAGAGGGAAUUCAGGUGCUGAUGAUAUGUGCAGCUGUAAGAAGGAUCCUACUUUUUUCUUGCCUCUAGUCCGCCAGGAGCCAGACGUUGCUUUGGAAGCACACAACGUGGCAGGUGGCCAGAAGUUAUCGCCCAAUUUGGGUCUGGCCAUGGUGAUCUGCACUUUACAUCCACAUCAAGCUCAAAGAAAAGAUGCUCACCAAAAAGAUGAGCCCGAUCCUGCCCUCUGUGGUGCUGUCCCGAUCACGCCUCACAGGAAGGAACUCUGCACCAGGAAUGAAGAACAUGUAGAACUCAAGAAAGGGUUUUACAGAGCAGAUUCCAGGGGUUCAGCAGAGCUAAGAAGCAUGACUGUGUCUGGCAGCACAUCAUGGGAUUGUUCCACUCUAGAGACAAGAGGAGGUGACUUGAGAGAAGAAAGCACUUUAGAAAGACUUUCUGGUUUGAAGGACUCAGCAGGCUCAAAAGAAGUGCAGUGUGUAAAUCCUUCACACUCAAUGGAGUCCACGUUUACAGUGGAGUCCAAGAUUGUAAAUACUGUGCAGAUGGACACUGAUCAACUGGAGAGCAACUCUGAGGACGUGAACACUCACAAGGCUACAGCAGAAACUUCCAUUGCUUGUGCUGGAGUACAGUCUGUGAGUGGAGAGGAAAAAUAUCAUAAAAACAAACCAAAGCAACUUGAAGCCUUCAGCAAAGAGCACUUAGUUAAAAAAAAGAAGGGCACUCAGAAGUUUGACUGGAUUUCUGGGCACAGUGAGAGUUCUAGUCCUCACUAUAAAGACAUAAACAAGCCAACAGAUGGAGCAACUAACUUAUCCACCAGGGGACAGGCUGUGCAUGAGGUGCCUCGUCCGUUGACUCUUCCAGUAUUCAGAAAAACGCUAAACCCUGUCUUGAGCAAGUCGAAAACUCUGGAGAGUGUAUCCUCCCACAGGACAGGGCUGGCAAUGGAGGCCAGUUUGAGUGACUUGAGUUCUCUUAAUGCUGCAGAGUGGACAUUGCAAAAGCCAAGCCUCCAGAUAAAUGCAGAUCUUGCUGUCAGCAAACAGUCCUGGACGGUAAACGCUGAAGACUCUGUGGAGCGAAUCCCACUUAUGUCUCUAGAACCGACUCCCUGCAGCUCCUAUGACAUUGAGAUGAGGCCGUAUGUGUGCAGUGUCUUGUUAGAGGAGCAGGGAAAAGACGAGGUUGGCCAGGAGGAGGAUCCCACCGUGUACACGUGCAUUGAAUGCAGCAUUUACUUUAAGAAAAAGGAACACUUGAUGGAUCACAUGCUUCAGCAUAACCAGGGACCAGGGCAGGACCAAGACAGAGAUGCAGUUGGAGGUCCGUGUCAGUUCUCCUGUAACGAAUGCGGAUGGGCAUUUGGGGACCCUGGCUCUCUGGAGCAGCACAAGAGGCUUCAUCAGGAGUCCAGAGAGAAAAUCAUUGAAGAAAUCCAGAAGCUCAAUGAGUUUUCAGACGAAGGUCGAGAAGCCCGGCUGCAGUGCCCCAAGUGUGUCUUUGGAACCAACUCCUCUAAGAUCUUCGUCCAGCAUGCCAAGAUGCACGUCAAAGAGAGGAAGGACCAAGGCAUGAAGAAUGUGAAUCUCUUUGGCGGCACUGGCAGUGGAGAAAUGCAUGACAGCCCAGUGCACAACAUCUACAAACACUUAAAACCAAACAAACACACCCCUGUGCAGGUGCAGCCACACAGCAGCAGUAAAGGACUCAGCACUUGCAUGCUCUGCAGCUUCCCCGCCCCCAAUGAAAAUAUCCUAAAGGAACACAUGAAAUAUGCCCAUUCCCAUCUUCCCUGGGACAUAGAGAUUUUUGAAGAGGACUCUAAUCAGCCCGGAACUAGCAGGGAUGCCUACAGCCCUGCUAGGCCAGGCCGAUUUUCAGAGAUGGAUUAUUUUGGCAAAGCCGAGAGACUUUUUCCCCAGCCUCACCGAGAAAGCAAAUCCCAUUAUGAAUCUGUCCAUGGUUUUGCCAUGGGUCACCAGAGACUCAGUAAAAGCAAUGGGACUAAUAAAAAGGACUUCCAGACAUCAGAGUUUUACACCAGGAAAGCAGCCCCAUACGGUGCCCUGUACAAAAACGUAGGGCUGUCCACCCUUACCUCAGCAAAAGUUUGUUCUCAGUUUGCCCUGCAGCAAAUGAAAAAAAAAAGCACAAUACACCACCUUGAUAGUGAUGGAGACGAUGUCAGGAGUCAGCCGGAGGGGCUGGAGGAGCUCAGGCACAAAUGGGCAUUGGCAAAUGAUGUUGGGAGCAUGGAAGAGGAAAUUUCUUUAACCACGGAAAUAGAUUUGACUGAGAAUAGAAGCUUCAAACCCUUUGCUAUUCCUCAAUCUGCUUUGGCCCUCAAGAGGACUUUCGGAGACACCUUGAAAGCAACAGACUCUUCUAUAGCAUCGGAAGAACAGCAGCAUCAGUUACAGAAGAUGGUCCCUGUUGUCCUUCUAGAGGAGAUGAACCUUCAUCCCCAAAAGACAAAGCAGCCAAAAGGGAAGCUGUACAAGAAGAAAAUAGCAGCUCCUUCCAGGGCAUUUGUGAUGGACGAAUCCCUCCCCUUAGAUAUUCUCUUGCUGGACUCCCCUCUAGAGGGUUCCCUAGAGCUAGAUGACCUCUUGGAUACAGACUCUCCCAUGCUGAAGAACGAAGAGAGGAAAUGCCCGUAUUGUCCUGACAGGUUUCACAAUGGGAUUGGCCUAGCCAACCACGUGCGGGGACACUUGAACAGGGUGGGUGUGAGCUACAAUGUCCGUCAUUUCAUCUCAGCAGAAGAAGUGAAAGCUAUUGAGCAAAAAUUUUCCUUCCAAAAGAAGAAGAAAAAAGGUAUUGCCAACUUUGACCCAAGUACUUUCAGUUUAAUGCGAUGUGAGUUCUGUGGGGCUGGUUUUGAUACACGUGCCGGUCUGUCCAGCCAUGCCAGAGCCCACCUGAGGGACUUCGGUAUCACCAACUGGGAGCUCACCAUCUCCCCAAUUAACAUCUUAAAGGAGCUGCUGGCCAAUUCAUCCCAACACCCUAUGCUGCAGUCUGCAGUAGGAACGGAGCCUUCAUCCCCAAACCAAGAAAGGGAGGUGCACGGGUUUGGACACCGAAAAAGCAUGACCCCCAUGUCCGAAUGCAGUAUUCCACGGUCUCCUUUAUCCCCGUUCCCACCUGCGUGGGGAGACGAGUCCAUGCAGUCCUUCCGAGACGUUAUGGCCUCUGAGGAGGAAGAAAUGGUUGUCAUGGAAGUCGGGUCACCACCCAUCCCAAAGAAGAGUACUCCGGUCGGACAAUUGGAUCAAACUCCAAACAGAAUAGGGACCAAACUGUCUCCUGAACCUCCUGGAAACAAGCCAGACUCCCAGGAAUCCAAAACUCAAAACCUCACAACAUGCGAGGUCUGUGGCGCCUGCUUUGAAACCCGCAAAGGCUUGUCCAGCCACGCUCGCUCUCACCUUCGGCAGCUGGGCGUGGCAGAGUCCGAGAGCAGUGGAGCUCCCAUCGACUUGCUCUAUGAACUGAUGAAGCAGAAGGGCAAACCUGACAGCAGCCCAAUGUCCCCAACACUCAGCAAAAAAUCCAGCUCCCCCAAAGAAGGGACAGGCAGCUCCCCACGGCCAGCACUGCUGUCUCUCAGCAAGACAAGCGACCGCUUGCCAGAUCCCCCUGUGAACAAAGCGAUCAAGUCCCCACCAGGCUUCUCCUCAAAGAGCCUUUCGCAACCAGGAUCCCCCCUCCUCAAAAAAGUGCCAUCCACACUCUCAGGCUCUCCCCCUCCAAAACACCCCGAGGACAAGACCCCCAAGUUGCCCCUGAGCCCUCUGCAGAGCUCUCCAAAAGCACAGUGGCCGCAGCCUGAGGAGGAAGGGCCCUUAAAUCUAACUAUAGAUAGUGACUCGGGCAAAGAAAUUGACUGCCAGUUAUGUGGUGCCUGGUUUGAAACCAGAAAGGGGUUAUCGAGUCAUGCUAGAGCCCACCUGAGACACCUGGGAGUGAAUGAUCCAGAUGCUAAAGGCUCUCCAAUUGAUGUUUUAAAUGACCUCAUCCAAAGUGAAGACUUCAAAAGCCGUCUUUCCUCUCUCCUCCCUAGUGAGAGAAAAUCAUUAGUGGAGGCUGGGAGCUCGGACAGACCCAGCCCAAAGAGCACAGCAGCAGCACCUGCAACAGGCAUGAAACAACCACCUCCACCAAGGCCUUUGGGCAAACAGCCAGCGAUCCUCUCACCUCACUCCCUUCCACCAUCCAAGAAACUGAAGCCACAAACCCACAGGUUGUCAGCUGAGGCCAGUCUGCAAAGAAAACAGGGUCUUUCCUCCAGCGCGUACUGGGCUUCAGAUGCUGGGAUGUCUCCACUCAACCUCUCCUCUGGAUCGGAGCCCGUGAGGGAUAUCAGAUGCGAGUUCUGUGGGGAAUACUUCGAGAACCGGAAGGGGCUGUCCAGCCAUGCCAGGUCCCACCUGCGCCAGAUGGGGGUGACCGAGUGGUAUGUCAAUGGCUCCCCAAUCGACACGUUGCGGGAGAUCCUCAAGCGCAGAGCUCAGCCCCGGGGUGGCACCACAAACCCACCAACCACAGGGCAGAAAGCCAUGACCAAGACCGUCAUCGGCAGCAUGGGAUCGCUGGAGCCUCACAGCCCAGGAGAGAUUCAUGUGCCCUCCAUGCCCAAAAAGGUCCAGCAGCCAGGAAGUCCCAUGGGACACUCUCCUACCUCCUCCCCUCCCCCAACAGCCAGGAAGAUGUUUCCAGGGAUGGCCCCUUCCUCUUUUCAGAAGAAACUGAAACAAGACCAAAUGAGAAUGGAGAUCAAGCGAGAGAUGAUGUCUGGGAACCUCCACGGUGAGCCCCAUCCAUCCAACAGGACCUGGUCACGGGAGGAGAUGUCCCCCCUGAACCUCUCCUCCCGUGCUGACCCCGUGAGGGAUAUCCGAUGUGAGUUCUGUGGGGAGUACUUCGAGAACCGGAAGGGGCUGUCCAGCCAUGCCCGGUCCCACCUGCGCCAGAUGGGGGUGACCGAGUGGUCUGUCAAUGGCUCACCCAUCGACACUCUGCGGGAGAUCCUCAAGAAGAAGUCCAAGCCCUGUAUGAUCAAGAAGGAGCCCCAUACUUCCAGCAUUGAGCCCCCCAAGCCGAUGGCAGAGGAAGGUGCAGCCCUCAAGUCCCCUGGGAAAAUGCUGCAGGCCAUGUCCCUCUCCCCACUGGGUGGAAGGACGGGGAAGCCCAGCCCCAGUGGUUCCAGCAUGAGCCGGGAGAUCUCACUCUCGCCACUCACCAACAAACCCCACGGAGGCUUCUUGACUCCACUCUCCGCCAAGCGGCCACUGCAGGAAGAUCGUCUUGGGGGCCAUGGCGAAGUGAAGCAGAAGACCUACAUCCAGACCGAGCUGCCCUUCAAAGCCAAGGCAGCUCAUGACAAGCCGGCACACACAUCCAGUGAAGCCUGCUGCGAGCUCUGUGGCCUCUACUUCGAGAACCGCAAGGCACUGGCCAGCCAUGCUCGGGCUCAUCUGCGGCAGUUUGGUGUGACUGAGUGGUGCGUGAAUGGCUCACCCAUAGAGACGCUGAGCGAGUGGAUCAAACACAGGCCCCAGAAGGCCGGAGCCUAUCGCAGCUACAUCCAGGGGGGCCGGCCCUUCACCAAGAAGUUCCGCAACUCGUCCCACUCACGGGAGCAGGACAGCACAGGGAAGAGGCUGCCCCUGGGCCUGCAGCCAGGCACCAUGCCCCUCAUGAGCAAGAGCCUGGUGGGUGAGAUGGGGCACAGUGAGCCCAGCAAACUUCUGGAGAGGGGCAGUGGUGGGGGCAGUGAGCGGCCCAUGGUCACCUCUCCCCUGUCACUGGUGAAGGUGGAGGAGCAUCGCCAGAACAUCAACAAGUUUGAACGAAGACAAGCCAAACCCCCAGAGGCCUCCCUCUCCCGAGAGGAGGAGGCCAGCGACUUCCAGCAGAAAAUGGAGGAAGCUCGCCAGCCAGCACCCAGGAUGAGACCAGUGCCCUCACUGGUCCCCAGGCCUCCACAGACAUCCUUGGUGAAAUUUGUGGGUAACAUCUACACCCUGAAGUGCAGGUUCUGCGAGGUGGAGUUCCAGGGCCCUCUCUCCAUCCAGGAGGAGUGGGUGCGACAUCUCCAGCGACACAUCCUGGAAAUGAAUUUCUCCAAAGCCGACCCCCUGCGCAGCGAGCCAGAGGCCCCCGAGGUGCAGGCUGUAGCUGAGGCUCAGUAACGGAGCCCGCUGGCCAGCGUCCCUCUGCCCCUCUCUUGUACGAGCACAUUUCCAAAGGAGCACGUUGAAGGACUCUGCUGCAGACGGUUACCAAAGGGAGGUAGCUAAAUUCUUACUGCUGGGCUCUGCAGCCUCCCAGAGCCCAACUUCCCCUAGGCUGACUCACAUUGCAUGGGAGUGCCUGCGUUGGGCACUACGUGACAUAAGACAUUCUUCUGGGGGAGACAACUGUUACAGACUGGAGAUGGGACCCCAUGGGGCUCCCAUGAAGCAGGCAAGGAGGCUGCUGCACGGAAUCCUGAUGGGUGUGAAAUGAGACUCAUUUUCCCAGCUGGGAACAGGAGCUCCCUGCAAAAGGAGAUGAAUGUGAGGAUCCCUCUUUCCCGCUAAUGAAUGCAGAUUAGUCCAGAGGCUUUGGUCCAGGGAGGGGAGUGCGUGUUUGCUCUGUUGCGAUUCAGGUUUCUAUGAGAAUUGCAAACAUGACAGUCCAUCAGGCCAUCUGUAACAAGAUAGGGAGAGAGGAGAAAGCAACUCUGUCUGUGACGGUGAAUGUUGUUAAUUAUGUAUAUGGCCCUAGAGUUAAUGUAUAUUCGAUUCCUUAGACGACGAUUAAUUUAGUUCACGUAGAUGUCAGAGUCCAUUCUUACUGGGUUGCGCUGCAUGUUACCCAUCCCCCUCCCCCAGACAAUACAUCAUUGGUCAACUUCAUCCCACACAUUAAAUGGCAAGUCAUGGAUUUACUGAUCCUCCACCUGUCUCGUAAUGUCUGCAUUCAUUCUUCCUCUCCCCACAACUUCUUGCUGUCCAGUUGUCGUCCUAACCAUUUCACUUGAGAUUGUGCAGUGCCCCGCGGGUUUCUGUUGCUGUUAGCUUCCCGAGGCGGUGACCCAACACUACCAGAGGGGGGAGCUUUAGGCUGCACGCUGCCUUCCUUUCCUUUCUUAGCCUUCGAUUUGUAGAAUGUCUUAAGGUCUCUGCAGUGCGACCUCUCGCCCCACCUGUCUGAAGGGUGGGUGUGUAAACUCCUGACUGAGUUCAGGUGUGUAAAUACCGGCUAAGUCUAUCCCAGGAGGCAUGACAGCAGGCAUGGGCUUCCAGGGUUCUUUGGGGAAGUGCUGAGUGCUACUAACACUUUUCCUGCCAAUUCAGACUCCAGAACAGCAACAGUGGCGGUCGCCAGCUCUCUCCAGGAGAACCUGGACGUUCUCCACACAGCCCUGCUCGCUGUUGCUUUUUAUGUGUAGCUGCAUAGAACCUCAACUUUUUUAACUCUAGUUUUGUGUAGAAAUAACGAGCAUUCAUUUUUAUUUGGAAUCCCAAGCUGAGCAGAGCUUGGAGGGAAUUUACCUUUUAACUUUUUUCAUUGGGCAUAUUCUGGUUAUUAAUGUACCUAGGAAUAUGUAAAUUAGAUUAAACUUCUCUUCUGGAAACUAA